GGGUGUGUUUUCUAAGGCUAAAGUAGGAGCGGUCCGUCCUAGUACCUCCUUAGCACUAUCUAGUCCACUCUGUGCUGCGCAUCCUGCCCGGGACGCCGUAGACUUCCUAAACACGAGAGUCAUUAUUAUGGAGUAGGCCCAGUAUCUCCUCGUACUAGCCACCUCUCUCUAAGGUACUUUUACCAGAGCGAGGCCUGAGUAGAGAGGUGCCUCCCUCCUUCCCACCGUCCAUGGUCAUACACACCCCCUCCUCCCCUGCAACAGGAUGAUACAUUCUCCAUUUUCGCUUUCUGGAGUUACUUCCCCUCUUUUCUUCUUCCUUGAUAUUUUUUUUACCUUGUUCUAUUCUGCUGUUUUGAUUAUUAUUUUUUCUUUUCUUUUCUUUUCCGCCUCUUUCUUUCCCCAGUCAAGGUGGAUCAAAUAGUAGGAAAGGGGCAAAAGUAUACAGUCAUACGCAAGGAACGCUAGAAUGAAUAAACAUAUUAAUAAUACAACAAUAAUGAAAAUAAAAACAAAAAUAACAAAAAUGUCUAUAACAAUAAUAGUAAAAUCAAAGGGAGGGCACAAAAAAAAUGAAGAAAA